AUGGUCAAUUUUGAUGUUCAGUCACUAUUUACAUGUUUACCUAUUGAAGACUGCAUCUCAAUUGUAACUAGGAAGCUAAAAGAUGACAACAUGCCUACAGAAUAUGCAGUAUUACUCAAACACUGCCUCACAUCUGGCUAUCUAUUGUGGAAGGAAGAAUUCUACAAGCAAGUAGAUGGUGUGGCGAUGGGCUCGCCUGUAUCUCCCGUAGUUGCCGAGAUAUUCAUGGAGGACUUCGAGGAGAAAGCCCUUCUUACUGCUCCUGUAAAUCCAAGAUUCUACAAGGGGUACGUAGACGAUACUUUCACAAUUUUACCAUCUGAAAAAUUUACUGCAUUUUUAGACCACCUUAAUUCCAUAAACUCUAAAAUAAAAUUCACAAUGGAGUUAGAGGCAAACAAUUCUUUAGCUUUCCUAGAUGUUUUAGUCAUCCGAAAUCCUGAUAACACUAUUGGUCACACUGUGUAUAUGAAAAAGACCCAUACCAACCGAUAUUUAAAUGGUAAAUCGCACCAUCAUCAUCAUCAUCAUCAGGUGGACAUAUCAUGGCUAAAAGUGACGAUGAUAUUUGUAAAUUAA